AUGUAUCUGGCCAUAGCUACAAGACCAGAUAUUUCAUAUGUUGUUGGAGUUUUAAGUCGAUACCUGGACAGGCCAGCUCCACAGCAUAUCAAAACAUUGAAACGAGUCUUUCGUUAUUUGAAGGCUACUCAAAAUAUAGUGACUCCGAUUACGCUGGCGAUGUCGGACACACGACGAUCAACUAGUGGUUAUAUAUUCCUACUAGGAGAUUCACCAAUUGCCUGGGGUUCACGAAGACAACGAUGCACAGCACUAUCAUCAACGGAAGCUGAAUACGUGGCAGCAUCAGAAGCCGUAAAAGAAACUCAUGUGGAUAAGAGUUUUAAUAAGAGAUAUCCUACAAGAGUGCGAUGUGCGAGCAAUGCUUUAUAUAGACAACAGCUUUGA